AUGCGCUGUUUUGUAGAAGCUGUGGCCAAACCCGAGGUUACCUUGUGACCAAACUCGACAAAAAUAUUUGCAACGCGAUCAGUAACUCUGACAUGCAACGUGGAUUCAGCAGAUCAAAAAAACCCGAUUUAUUACUGGUAUAAAGACCAUCAGAGCAUAGGAGCUUACAGAAAUAAAUAUAAUAUCCGGCAUGCUGAAAGUAAAGACACUGGGAGUUACUGGUGCAAGACUCAGACCAGUCCGGAGAGCGAUCGUGUCCAGUUAAAUGUUUAUGGCGCCCCCUACUGUCUAUGUAGGGGACUUCCUAAUACUGAGGUGUCGCCAUUGGCCUGGAAAUUAUGUGAAACAACAUUUUACAAGGACAGCGAGAUGAUAAAACGUUCAGAAACUGAACCCGAUUUAUAUAUGAGAGCGGAUGGAAACACUACUGGGACGUAUCGCUGUUCCAAACGUUUCUAUCGGAGAGAGGAUUACUUUGACUCGGCGUAUAUCCUUGUGAAGGAGCUGUUUCCUGUUCCAGAAAUAAAAGUGACUCCGUAUCCAGUGACAGAAGGUGACAGCAUAACCCUAACGUGUAACACCAAACGUAACCGGGACUGAUGGACGCAAAUUCUAUUUGGCUUCUACGUAAACGGGCAAAACGUGAGCGAAUUUGGUGCAUCCAAUGAAUACCGAAUUCACCAAGUGCGGUCGGGCUAUUCUGGAGAUUAUAAGUGUGCAGCUAAAACCACUUCAGGCACCGUCCACAAAACAAGUGAAAAUGUAAAUAUCCGGAUACAAGGUGAGCCUUUAGAACUUGCCAAUGCCCGAAUCUGGGCAGACAAGAACGUGGGCCUGGUGGCAGGAGAAAACCUGACCAUCACCUGCUCUAUGGGCAGAGGGGCCUCUCCGUCAUUCCUAUGGCGGCACAAUGGGAGGCAGCUGGAUUACAGAUCAGAGAGUCUGGAAAGGUCUUGCAUAUAG